AUGCAGGCUUUCGGUGGUGUCAACUCUGAUCCAGACUCAUGGGAUGCCCAGAGCACAGUUCUUGCUUAUGGCUCUGGCUCAUGCGUUCUUGUUCAGAGUUUAACAAAUUACUUAACAAUUAAGUACAUUCCAUUACAUAAUGGCGUUAUUACAUGUGUGAAGUUCACAACAGACGGCAACAUUGUUGUUGGUACAUCAGACGGCAAUAUUAUGUUGUUUGAUCCAACAACUGGCGAGAAGUUUGAUGAAAAGAAGUUCAAAUCAUCAAUUCAUCGUCUCGCUGUUUCACAGAAUUAUGUCUUUAUCAGCACAGCACUCGAUGGCACAUACUUAUUGAAGCUCCAAGAUAACAAGUUCGUUGAAACUAAAUAUGAAACUCCAAAUAUUCACUCAGUUGGUAUCGCAAUUCUCGAAGUUUACGACUCAUUCAUCCUUGCCGUUGCCCACCCAGACGGUCCAAUCCAUCUCCUCGUCCCAGAUACAAAGUCUGAAGUCAUUUUGCAAGGAAAUGCAUGGUGCCAGUCCCUGAAGUUCGCAAUCAACGCACAAGACCAGAUUCUCUUCGCAUCAGGUUGCCAGGACCGUGCCAUUCGUGUCUGGAAGAUUCUUCCUUACGAUGCAUCACAACUUACAAACCUCGGCAUCUCCAUUGACACACAAUCAAUCCUCCACUUCCAAAACCAAGACCUCAACGUCUCAUUACAAAGUGUCCUCAGUGGCCAUACAGAUUGGGUUAAUGGCGUCGAUUUAUACAAGGGCGAAACACUCUGCUCUGUAUCAUUCGAUGGCCAAGUCCUUCUUUGGACAGCCAAUUCCGAGGACUACGAUGUCUCUUUACGUCUCGGUUCCACAGCAGUUACAGAUGAUCAGUCUGGUAUGAUCGCCUGCCGCCUUAUUGGCCCGCGCGAUAUCAUUUCCAACUCAAGAAACGGAACUUUCUCCCAUUGGGUCGACGGAAAGCCCGUUCGCUGCUUCUCAGGUCAUUUUGAGAGCGUAUCGUCGGUUGCUUGGUCGAAUGAAGGAUUCUUCCUUUCUACAGGUCUCGACAAAGUUGCUCGUGUUUGGGGCGAAAUUGAUGGUGCCUUUGUUGAGCUUGCUCGCCCAUUAAUCCAUGGCCAUACAAUUCACGACUGCGCCCAAAUUGAUGUUGAUAAAUUCGGUUUCUGCUCUGAUGAAAAGCAAAUCAGAGUUCUUCAGCCUACAUCAAACUUCGCAAAACUCGUUGGCGAACCUCUUUCUAAGAUGGAAUUACCAUUCGCUUCAAUGGUCCAGCCAUUAAACCUUUCGAACAAAAUCUUACAGACAUACCAAUCCGUUGCUAUCGAUUUCGCACCUCUCAACGGCGCUGACUUCGAAUUCGACGGAAUUCCACCUGGAACUUCCAUGUGGCUCACCCGUUGGCCAGAAGUCCAGCAGUACUGGAAGCACUUCAGGGAGCUUACCAGAAUUGCCGUCGGCAAAGCAUGGAUCGCGUCCGGCGACGACAGAGGUGGCGUUGUUGUCAGAACACGCGGCGACGAGACACAAAGAAGAUUCAAUUCCGGUACACCUGCAGGCGAUGUCACUGUUGGAAAGGAGAAGAUCACAGGCCUUGCUGCAGCUCCUGAUGACACCGCUGUCGUUGCAUCAACAAUCAACGGCGUAAUCAGAGUUUUCGAUGCAGAAUCAGGAAAUGUUUUGACAAGAGUUGAACUCGGAAUUCCAGCCUACGCAGUUGGAUGGGACGAGUCCUCUGGAUACUUCAUUGUUGGACAUGAGAACGGCAUCUCAGUAUACGAGAGAGAUGGAAAACUCGCUGCUACAGAGAAUUGUGGAGCUGUUACAGCACUCGAUGUUUUACCUGGUUUCAAUUUCGUUCUUGGUUUCAAGGAUGGAAAAAUCAGAAAGAGUUCUUACAACUCUUCUACAAAGAAGAUCGAAAUCGGAGAGGAGUUGCAGUGCCACUCAGAGAGAGUUAACAUGAUUCGCGUCAAUAAGGAUCAGACAAAGGUUAUUUCUGGAUCUGAAGACCAUACAAUUCUCCUCCAACCAUAUUCUAACUAA